UCUGGAAUUUUCUCGAACUGCCGUAGCAACAGAAACCGUCCUUGAGCUUCUGAUUGGACUGCACGAUUGUUUGUUUCGCCAGCGAUUGGUUGCUGUGUUACAAAUGGAUCUGGUGAAACACACAGGCGGCUGCCACUGUGGGGCUGUAAGAUUUGAAGUCCUAAGUUCCCCAGACCUCCAUGUUUUCCAAUGCAACUGUAGCAUUUGCACAAAGAAACAAAACCAUCAUUUCAUUGUUCCAAAGAAUCACUUCACACUCUUACAGGGGUCAGAUUAUCUGAUCACAUACACUUUUAACACUCACGUUGCUAAACACACCUUCUGUAAGACUUGUGGAGUUCAAAGUUUCUACACUCCACGCUCCAACCCUGACGGCUACGGCGUUGCUCCACACUGUCUGGAUCCAGGUACUGUCCGCAGCGUCACAGUGGAUAAGUUUUGUGGGGAGAAGUGGGAAGAAAGCUUGCAAGCUCACAAGAGCAUCAGAGAUAUGUCUAAACCUGAAGCAGACGCACAGCUGAAAAACACAAUGACAACACUGUGAUUUAAGAAUCAAGCUUAUUUUAAUCAUCAGUAUCAAAAAUGUUUUACAGUAUUUU